UGUUACAACAACCCUAAAUGCCCGAAAAAACAAGCAGCCACGCUAGAGGAAAAAGUCUUGUGGAAAAUUGAUAAAAAUUGUAAUUUAAUAAACGCAAUAGUCUCAAGAGAAGUUUGUAAGUGGUCUUGCGAAUUGCGCUGAGCAUCUCCACCACAUUUUGUUUCUCCAAACGUGCCAGACGCCGAGCGGGAGACUUUUUUCACGGAGCACCCCGCAACCAGCAGCGGAAGGAGCGCAGAACCGAAAGCCGAAGAAAUUGAACAUGGCCGAGGACUUCGACGUGGAGGCGAUGCUCGAGGCGCCGUACCAGAAGAAUAAUGUCAGUGCGGGCAGCGGGGGACGUGGUGGACGCAAGCGCAGCGGCAGCAGUCCCGGCGAUGGAGGCCACGACGACGACCAUCCAGAGAACGGAACACGCAAUGGCAGCGGCGGUGGAAGCUCAAACAGAAAACAAAGCAAGCGAUCCCGGAGUCGAAGCGGCUCGCGUGAUGGCAAGUCUCGUCGUGAUCGUGGCAGUGAACGCAGCAGUCACCGAGAAAAAGACAAGGACAAGGACAAAGAGCGCGAUCGAAACCGCGACAAUAAAUCCCGCAGCGACAGGGAUAGAGAACGGGACCGAGAGAGGGAGCGGGAUCGGGAACGUGAAAGACCUCGUCGUAGUCGAUCACGGGAUGAGCGUGGAGGUGGUGGCGGUGAUGACCGCCGCAUGCGCCACAGUGAUCGGGAUAGGGAUCGUCCUCCAAGAGAUCGUCGUGGUGGCAGCAAAAGCAUGCAGCGGGACCGUUCACGAGAGAGACGCCGACGUAGUCGGUCUCGCGAUCAGCAGCGCAAACGGCUAAGUCCCAUACGUGAACGCAAGCGCAGUCAUUCCCGUUCCAAGGAUAGAAACAGUCGUCGUCGAGGCACUAACUCUCCCCGCCGCCGAUCACCGCCUAACGGUGCUGGCGACCGAGGUACGCCAACCGAGCUUAGUCCCGAGGAGCGUGACGCCCGCACUGUCUUCUGCAUUCAGCUCUCGCAACGAGUCCGAGCACGGGACUUGGAAGAGUUCUUCUCAAGCGUUGGAAAAGUGCGGGACGUCCGCCUGAUCACGUGCAACAAGACGAAGCGUUUCAAGGGCAUCGCCUACAUCGAAUUCGAGGAUCCAGAGUCCGUGGCCCUGGCCCUGGGCCUGUCUGGCCAGCGGCUGCUCGGCGUGCCCAUUAUGGUGCAACACACGCAGGCUGAGAAGAAUCGCCUCCAGAAUGCGGCACCAGCAUUCCAGCCGAAGAGCCAUACGGGUCCCAUGCGCCUUUACGUGGGAUCAUUGCACUUCAACAUCACGGAGGACAUGCUAAGGGGCAUUUUUGAGCCGUUUGGCAAGAUUGAUGCGAUUCAACUGAUUAUGGACACGGAGACAGGCCGGUCCAAGGGCUACGGCUUUAUAACGUACCACAACGCUGACGAUGCCAAAAAGGCUUUGGAACAACUGAACGGCUUCGAGCUGGCAGGUCGCCUCAUGAAGGUUGGCAACGUGACGGAGCGCCUGGACAUGAACACAACAUCGCUGGACACUGACGAGAUGGACCGCACUGGCAUCGAUCUCGGCGCCACCGGACGCCUCCAGCUCAUGUUUAAGCUAGCAGAGGGAGCCGGUCUGGCGGUGCCCCAAGCGGCGGCCAAUGCGCUGCUGGCCACAGCUCCGCAGCCAGCGCCGGUGCAGCAGCAACAGGCUGCACCCUCGAUUGCCACACAGUGCUUCAUAUUGUCCAAUAUGUUUGACCCGAGAACGGAAACCAAUCCCACCUGGGACGUUGAAAUCCGGGACGAUGUGCUAGAGGAGUGCGCCAAGCAUGGUGGUGUGCUGCAUAUCCACGUGGACACCGCCUCGCCCACGGGCACCGUCUACGUAAAGUGUCCGAGCACAACGACGGCGGUGCUGGCGGUAAACGCGCUCCACGGACGUUGGUUUGCGGGACGCGUUAUCACGGCGGCCUAUGUGCCCCUGAUUAACUACCACUCCAUGUUUCCGGACUCCAUUAGCGCCGUCAAUCUGGUUGCAUUCACCCGUAAGAACAUCGACGAUUGAGGAUGCGGAAUGAGGACCGGACCUAUUACGGAUGUGCAGGGGCAUGAUUGUUAAUAUUCGUUACACAAAACAUUUUUGGUCAAAACUUUUUAAAUUUUUUUUCAAAGACUUUCGACGCAAGCUGAAUCUAGGGGCACAUAUUCAAAUACAAAUAUUAAAUAUGCAUAUAAAUAUAUAUGAAUUAUAUAAAUUAGGCAUUCCUAACCCGCCAAACCGCUCUGAUUUGGGAUUUUAACUAUGAAACUAAUUUACAUUUAAUGUUCUCGUGGAUAAAUGCCCGCCUGAAAUGCUGCUCCGAUCCUUCCGAUCGCCAAUUAAAAAUAACUUAGUUCUAAUGCUUAAAAUUGUAAUUUUCUAGUUUGACCGCCAAAAACAAGUUGAGGACACAGACCGAUUAACGAUAGCUGAGCUGGGGACGGAAAGUUAUUUUCAAAUUUGAUUCUUUUUAACAUUAAAAGUCUAUGUGUUAAGCCCA